AUGGCUCGGGAACAAGCGUGGAAAGCGAAAGGAUGCUCCGAGUCUUGUUGGGUGAGAAACCUCCUGCUGCCAGAUGUGGCCGAUACCACUGCUUUCUCGAGCCGCCAGGACAGUAUACCGUCUGUCGACGACAAGGUCCAAAGGGCAGCCGCCGCGAAGCUGUACCAGACCAUCAAGCCCUGGCAGACACGCAUUCUUCGUAUCGACCCAGCGCUUCGACUGGAUAGCCCGGUCUUAUGCGCCCUCCUGAUAGCCGAUGUCAUCGUCCACGAGGGCCUAGGGAUCGUCGAAGAGGACACUGCUAGAGAAGCUCCCUAUGACGCGUUAUCGUACAUAUGGGGCGCCCCGGUAUUCUCGCACCCGGUUCAAAUAAACGGCAUCCAAUUCUUCGUUACCGAGAACCUCGGCUGCGCCCUACGACACCUGCGCCUGACUAACACGGAGCGAUACCUGUGGGUCGACGCACUCUGCAUCAAUCAGUUCGACGUGAGAGAAAAGUCUGUGCAGGUGUCUCGGAUGUUCUCGAUCUACAAAAAGGCCCAGAGCGUUAUAGCUUGGAAUUCUGGUUGGAACCAGCAGAAAAGUGCCGUUCUCUCUACAGUCCUUGCGAAUGCUUCAGAUGAUAUUAAAAAGCACAGCGAGGUCUGUAUACAGCGCCUUGGGACCCUUUCCCAGCUGCUCGUUAACGCCUGUGAGCCCCCGUUGUUCAAGCGGACCUGGGUCAGGCAAGAAGUCUUCGCCGCUAGAAAUUUGGUAAUGCAGCUCGGUGACCUACGACUAUCCUGGGUCGAUUAUGAGCGCCUUAAGAGCUUCGUCGCCCGGAUCGGGGACCUUACUAGGGUUCGCAGCGAAUCUGCGUCUCCUGACUUCACAGAUGCUCUCUACCUAAAGUCCCCUUCUAACGCGAUCAAGACGUUGGUGCAACCAGAUUACAAAUAUGAUGCCAACACUCACAGUAGCCGGAAUCAAGGUGCGAUAAAUGCUCCCGUCUCGCUUUUAGAUGCCCUCGUAUUUUCAUCCUCCUUUGGCGUAACUGACCCUCGGGAUCUCGUCUACGGGAUUCUGGGGUUUACGACAGUUCCCACGUCCCAGGGAGUCACGGAUAUCCACCGCCCGGCGCUCACAGUCGACUAUGGCCGCUCUGUCUCCGAAGUAUUCCAGGACGUCGUCAUAUACGAGAUUAACCGCACGGGAUCGUUAGGCAUACUCGACUUUGCAAGCCAGUCUCGACCUUCGUCCGAUCUCCCCUCAUGGGUGCCGGAUUGGAGGGCCUAUGACCCUGCGAUUUCGCAACAUCGCGUCUUAAACAGGACGAACUCGUGGAGGUAUGGCUUCGUCGACGUGAAGAGGAUUGGCAUAGAGUGGAAACCGCUUCCUCCGCCUCCAGAUGCAUGCGGAGUCCUGUUUGCCCGGGGAGUGGUUCUCGGUAUCCUGAAAACCCGCGUGGAUGAGGACACGGCUUGGAUGCCGUGGAUAUCUGACAGUUUCAAAACGGGCUUUAAUGAGAGAUUCGGGGGCCGAGACUUCGAUUGCCCCGACCUCUUCCCAGGUGUCAGGGGAAAUUACAUGGAGACGUUUGACGAGGAGUUCAAGCACGGCAAUUUGCCUCUUCACGACGGAAAAGUUGCACGAGUGAACGUGACGAAUGCCGGCGAGAGGCUCAUGACCCUUCUUCAGAGUGCGAUGCUCGAAAUGAUGAAGUUCGCCGUCCGAGGCCGGGUGAUCGAGUCCCCGGAACCUGUUCGGGGCAACCUCACUCUGGGCCUGGCCCCGCGAGGUAUCUCCCUAGCACCUCGAGGGUUCGUGGACGAUGACAUUAUCGUCCUAUUCCGGGGAUCACCCUGCCCAUUCGUUCUGAGGCGCCUCGGGCAGGAACAACAUGUAUUGAUAGGGAGGGGGAUAUUCCCCCUCUUAUUUGAGCACACGUCGAUGCACUUCGAUCCUUUCAGGAGAAGCGAAAUGGCCUGGUCUAGUGGCAGCGCCCUCGAUGCGGAUACAUCCGACAUUUUGGAAAGCCGACUGCUGCGUCCCGAGAAGAUGGCUUCUAUCUGGAAGCGCGCACUGCAGGACGACGAGUUUCUAAGUGCAUUCGAGGAUUUCGAGCUGGUAUGA